AUGGACCACGAGCACCUUCGGCCAGAGAGCCCACUCAUGACUAUGUCCAACUCAUUCCUUCACGAUGAAAUGCUCAGGCUGUCGAUCCCUGGACCGAGCAAGGACCCAAUGUACUAUAUCUCGGAUGGCAACACUGUCUUGCUGGUCGAUAACACGCUGUUCAAGGUCCACAGGUCUAUCCUAAUGAAAGACAAAUCGGCGUUCGAAACGAUGUUCCAGCUGACGGCUGAGACAGACUCUGCAAGGUCGGACUGCAGCAUGACGGCCCCUGAGGGCGAGAGCGACGACAACCCCAUCCGACUGCAGGGCGACACCGCCGACGAGUUCCGGGCAUUGCUGUGGGCAUUAUAUGCGCUACCGCAUGAGCUGAUGUUGGCCACCUCGCCGGACGCGAACUGCGCCCAGCUGGUCAACCUCGCGCGGAUGGCGCACAAAUACCAAUUCCGCUCGAUCGAGACCUGGGUGCUCAGUGCGCUGCACAUGCACUACUCGCGCCCGAGCGCGCUCGACAGCAUCCCCGCAACCAGCCCGCCGACCCUGUCCCACUCCCCGUCCGCGAACGACGCCCCGUCCCUGGUGCAGAUCACCGAGCUCGCGGCGCUCUGCGAGCGGCCGGAUCUCCUCGAGCUGGCCGUCGCACGCUGGAAGCGGCAGAUCGGUGAGGGUAAAGACCUCGCGCUUGCCAUCGAGAUCGGGGAGCGGCUUAACCUGCGGCCGAUGCUCGGGCUGGCGUACCACGCGAUGAUGCUGAAGGGCAAGGUGUACUGGGAAAGCGAGACUUCGUUGACGCGGGAGCAGCGGGUGCGGUUGCUCAGCGGGUACUAUGCGCUCACCAAGAUGUGGGAGGCGCUCCCAUCGCAGCCUCCGUCGCUGUCGCACAGCGUGCGAUGCACGAGCCAACAGAGGUGCACGAAGGCGUUCGGGCUGCUCUGGAAGGCCGUGCUAGAGAUGGGUACGGAGGUCAUACCGGGCUUGCAGAGGGAGGACGUGCUGGCAAAGCUCAUGCUCGUAGAGGGGACGAUGAAAGCGCUGGUGGAGAAGGACAUGCAGCCGCAGGGUAUUUCGGACGGGCUGCCACACUGCAAGGAGAGCGCAUUGAUGGUGACGACGAUGAAGGUGCGGGAGUUUAAGGAGACACUGACCGAUUAUUUCACGGAUGACUUUUGA